GACCAGCGAAGCCUGCCGUCGCCAUCGGGCAGCCGGUGGUCCACUUGCCCCACGACGUGCUACGCAAGUUGCAGAGUCUUCGAGCAGAACGUGGCAGUUGCCAGAUGGGCCGGCGACUCCUGGCGGUCAGUGGGAAUUUCCAGAAGUUCGAACGACAAGUUGACAACCGCGAGAAGGCGGCUUGCAUGCUGGAAGCUAAGGCCAAGGCGUUGCUGGCGGAGGCGACGCGAGAGCUGGAGGAGUGCAAGCACGAGACUGCCGCGCUGCAGCCGCCGACCAUGGCGGAGGCGCGCGCAGAACCAGCAAAAAUCAGCGCCACCAGUAUCUUCGCCCUUGCCAGAGAUGAGGAGCAGCAGGCAGUUGCCAGCGUGGCCGCCGAACUAG